AUGGAGUCCUCUUCCUCUUGUUCAUACUUUGCCCGCACACCAAACCCUAGUUUCAAAGCUGGCUUUUCUUCUUCUUCAGAAUACAAGUAUGAAUCAUUGAAAGAGAUAUUAGGCUCUCCUAAAGGUCCCUUAAUCACAUGUAGUUGUGGAGCUGAUGAUAUACCCAUUCGAAAUCGCCUCGUUCAAAAGGCUGCAUGGUCCUAUUUGCAGCCUGCCAUGCCACCAAUCAAAACUCCAUCUCACAACUGCUUCUUUUUGUUCCUGUGGGAUAGAUUGAAGCGUCCACUCAAGUUUGUCAACCAAAUCUUUGCAGCAGCUGCCGUUAGACGCUACAAUUAG